CACAUUAAACAUAUCUUUAAAUUUAUUUAAUUCAUGCAUUCACAGGUUAAUAUUAAGUUCAUUUAUAUUAGUACAACUAAGGGUUAAGUUAUCCUAUAUUCUACUUUACAUUGUUAUCCUAAGAGUUACACUACUGCUAUCUCUCUUACAUACAAUAAUUAAGCUGUCAUAAUAAUGUAUUACAUAUUGAGAGCAUCAUCACCUGAUGCUGAUCACCGUUACCUAUACCUCUAUAUCAAUUAUUUUGGUAAGUUUUGCAUGAAGUUUAUGUUCCCUAGGCAAGAAGACUUUACAAGUUACUUCUCCAAAGAAGAUGAUGUGAUAUAUUGUAAUGAUGCUGUAGGACUUCUUGAAGAACUGAGUUUUCCAGGAGAUUCAAGUGAAUGGAGACUUUUUAUUGAUGCUUCGAAAAUAAGCUUAAAAGCCGUUCUACUCCAUAAUGGUAACAAAUACCCAUCUGUACCCGUUGCACAUGCUACAAACAUGAAGGAAAAUUAUGCAAACCUAGAAGUAUUACUUGAAAAAAUUCAAUAUUCUCAAUACCUAUGGAAUAUUUGUGCUGAUUUAAAAGUCGUCGCCAUACUUACUGGAUUACAAGGAGGAUACACAAAGUUUUGCUGUUUUCUUUGUGAAUGGGACAGUCGCGCAAGAUUACAUUACAAACAAAAAUCUUGGCCUCUGAGAAAAAGUUUAACUCCUGGGCUUAAAAAUGUAUCUCAGAAACCUUUAGUCCCAAGUGAGAAAAUUUUUCUGCCACCACUUCACAUAAAGUUGGGACUUAUGAAAAACUUUGUGAAAGCGAUGAAUAAAGAUGGUGCAGGUUUUCAAUAUUUAAAAACCAAAUUUCCUCGAAUCAGUGACGCAAAAUUGAAGGAAGGGAUUUUUGUAGGUCCGCAGAUACGUGAGCUAAUGAAAGAUGAAGCUUUUGAAUCGAAGUUGAGCAAAACAGAAAAAAGAGCUUGGGUGGCGUUUGUGAAAGUGUGUCAUAAUUUUCUUGGGAAUACCAAAGUUGACAACUACCGACAAAUCAUUCGGGAGCUUCUUUCUGCUUAUAAAUCUUUAGGAUGCAAUAUGGAGCCGUAUCAGAUGAGCAUGGUGAAAGGUUUCAUCAAGAUAUAAUGCAGAUUGAAAAACGCUACAAUGGGAAAUGGUCAGCAGCAAUGCUUGCUGAUUUCUGUUGGUCACUUCCCCGAGAAACUCCAAUGGAAACAAUGAAAAGGAAAAAAACUACAAAAUAACAUCAUCUUAUCAUCAUAAAAUCAUACUUUAAGAUUUUUCACUGUAAAACUUGGACCGUAAUAUUUUUUAAUUUUCUUAUAAUAA